AUGGAUGUCGACAAGGAACCCAUCGAUAGCCUCCAUGUGGAGGCUACAACAGCAGACAUGAUCACUGCCAAAAAGCUUGAUCAUGAAGUGCUAGAGCAUGAAAUGACUUUACGGCAUGCUCUGACGAGCUACCGUAAGGCCAUGCUGUACUGUCUGUUUUUCUGCUUCUCUGCCAUCCUCUGGGGUUAUGACAUGCAAGUCAACGGAGGGUUUCUCGCUGCCCCCGAGUUUCGGGCCGUAUUUGGAUACACCCAGCCCGAUGGCACUACUAUUCUCCCUGCCAGAUGGCAAGCCGCAUUCAACAUGAUCGCCACAGUGGGUGGAAUGGGCGGAAGCUUAGUCUGCGGUCCCCUUUCACCCUAUGUUGGCCGGAAAAUCACCCUAGCAAUGGCCUGUGUUGUCUCAAGUGGUUCCAUCUUCUUGCAGUUCUUUGCGUUCUCCCGUGGUGUGCUCCUAGCUGGAAAGCUUUUGAAUGGUAUUUCGCUCGGCAUGUUCCUUGUCACUGCGUGUUCCUACUGCUCUGAGGCAUGCCCGGUCGUACUGCGUGGUAUCACUAUUGCAAUGGUGAACCUGUUUGUCGUCAUUGGGCAGCUUCUUGGAAAUUGUCUCAUCAGGGCUUUCGGCGGGCGAUCCGAUACCUUCGCCUACAGAAUCCCUUUUGCUUUCCAGUGGCUAUUCCCUGCAAUCUUGAUUGUCGGUGUCUGGUUCUGCCCUGAAUCCCCAUAUUGGUAUGUGCAAAGGGGCAAACAUGCUGAAGCCAAGAAGUCUCUCGAACGAUUCCAGACCGGUGGAGGUGUUGAGAGCUGGCUCGUUGAGAUCCAGGAAACGGUUCGCAUGGAAGAAGAGUCCGCUCAAUCUGCUGGUUACCUCGACUGCUUCCGAGGAACCGAUCUCCGUCGAACUCUGAUCGUCAUCGCUGUUUGGACUAUCAACUCUUUCAGCGGUGUCAACUUUGUGCUCAGCUACUCCACAUAUUUCUUCCAAAUCGCCGGUCUUCCUACCUCUCGAUCGUUCGACAUGGGCGUUGGUGUAACUGCAGUUGGAGUCGUUGGAAAUAUCUGCUCGUGGUGGGUCAUCAACACCAUUGGUCGCAGAUCCCUCUUCCCCGGCAUGGUCGUUCUCACCAUCAUCGUCUUCAUCAUCGGCAUCCUCGACGUCGUGCCAAACUACAACUCCUCCAUCGCUUGGGGUCAAUCUGCUUUGAUCAUCAUCUGGAACUUCUUCUACGAUCUUACCCUAGGACCUCUGGGAUACGUCAUUUGCGGAGAAAUGUCCUCCACCCGCUUGCGCUCGUAUGGCGUUAGUAUCGGAUUCUUCACUCAGAACUUCUGGACUCUGAUUAUGACUAUCACUGUUCCGUACAUGAUUAACCCUGAUGAGGGAGAUCUCCGUGGAAAGACGGGCUUCAUCUUCGGUGGCUUCUCAAUCAUUGCCUGCAUCUGGACUUACUUCUGUUUGCCAGAAACUAAGGGAAGGACCUUUGAGGAGCUGGAUCAUAUGUUUGAACAGAAAAUCCCUGCUCGGGACUUUGCUAAACAUGAUCGAAGAGCACAUGGCGCAUAG